AACCGACAGAGCCAGCGCUGGCCCACGGCCCGGGCGCCAUGAGCGGCCUCUUCGGGCGCGCCGCGCUGAGGGAGCUGUUGUGCGGCCCGCGGGCCCGGGGCCCCGGCCUGCUCGUGCGCCCCAGCUCCGGGGAGCCCUCCUGGGCCCGGGAGCGGACCCUGGUGACGGUGAAGCCAGACGGGGUGCGGCGACGGCUGGUGGGCGAGGUGAUCCGGCGCUUUGAGAGGCGGGGCUUCCGGCUGGUGGGGAUGAAGCUGCUCCAGGCGCCGGAGAGCGUGCUGGCCCAGCACUACGAGCGCCAUCGCGAGGAGCCCUUCUACGCGGCCCUCCUCAGCCACAUGCGCUCGGGCCCCGUGGUGGCCAUGGUCUGGGAAGGCCCCAGCGUGGUCCGCGCCUCCAGGGCCAUGGUCGGGCUCACCGACGCGGCCGAGGCUGCCCCCGGCACCAUCCGAGGAGACUUCAGCCUCCACAUCAGAAGGAACGUCGUCCACGCCAGCGACUCGGUGGAGGGGGCCCGGAGGGAGAUCCAGCUGUGGUUCCGGAGCAGCGAGCUGGUGGACUGGGCGGACGAGGGCCACCGCAGCAGCCUGGACCCGGCCUGAGCCGCGGCUGCCCCGCCUCCGCCCGGACCCGCGCCCACCCCGCCCUGCCCGCCUCCCCCAUCCCGCCUCCCCGCGCCCCUCCUGCUCAGCCCAGAGCAGUUGGGCCAACCUUAUGCGCCCUUUGGUACCUAAACCACCGAGAGCUGGGACCAACGCCUUUCCGAGCCAACAGGCCAGACCGAUGUUGGAGUCUCCCCCAAAGUGGGUGGUUUAACCUCCCCCCAAAGGGGCGGCAUUAAACCUCACUGUGCUGUGCAACAACAGCAACGCACCUGGCUAACAGACCUGCGGACAAAGGAAGUGAGAGCAGCUUAGAAGACGGCCUGACAGGCAGCCCGUGGGGACGCCGCAGUUGUUUUAAUUAAUAUUAAACACAUAAAUGCUGCAAA